CUGAUCUGAAUUUUCCUCACAUUUUUGGUCAUCGCUUGCCUUCUCUUCGAAACAGUGUUGUCAGUACAGCCCACCUACAGCUCAGCCUGCCUUGCAAUGCCACUGGCUGUGGAUGAGACAGCUGGAGACCUCCCAGUGAGGGAUGUGGGUUCAAGGGGAGGGCUGAUACCUGCACUACUUGCUACGGAUUCCACCAGGGAUGUGAGGUCAUGGAGGAAGCCCCAGGUGCUGAAGAUAAAAGAUCGCCGCCACACAUUCCAUAUUCCAAGGGAGCAGCUGGAGGAUCAAUGCUUUCGCUUGCAAGAAGAGAACACUCUGCUGAAACAGCACAGUCGUGCUCAGGAGUUGAAGAUGCGCAGGAUGUCGACGAAGCUGAUGCGUCUUCAGAGGGGCCGUCCUGGGACAGCUGGCGCACGGGAGAGGGAGCUGGAUGAAACCAUUCAGGAGUUGGAGGCACGCGUGGCCACCCUAGAGAGCCAGAAAGGAAUGCUGCAGAGCAAGCUGAACCUGGCCAGGCAGCACAUCAUGGACCUGGGGGGCAGGAGCCACUACCGUCCUAAAGGAAGAGGUCCAGGUGGAGGGGGUGAAGUCCGGCGGGCAGCGCAAACAGCACCACCACGCUGCGAGUUAAGCUACCAAGAAGACACUCAUGGAGAGAUAGAAAGACCCUCCAGUGGAACAGACACACAGCAGGUCAGGAUGGCUGAGCUGGAACUUGCCACCCAUUUCCUGAGGGACACGCUGAGAGAGAGGGACAGAGAGUUUGAGGAUGCCAUGAGGGAGCUGAGGAAACAGCAGGCAGAAGGACACAGAAUGGCAAUAAAGGAGAAUGUGGAUGCAAUUCGACUACAGAAGCAGCUUUCAGAGAAGGGAACUGCGCUGCUGGUUAUGCAGGAGAAGUUCAACGUGCUGCAGGAGACGUACGAAGCCCAGCUGGAGGAGAGUCAAAAGUCACUUAAAGAGAGUCAGCAGGUCCUACUGCACAAAGUUGAGGAACUGACGGAGCAGCUAAAACAAGAACGACUAAAGGCACUGACUCUGGAAGGGCAACUCACUACUGCCACCCUCUCACUGCAAGCCUCGGAGGAGCUCCAAGAACGGGUGGCUGACCUGGAAGGGGAGAGGGACCUGCUGAAGGAGAGUUAUGACCGACUGCUGCACAGCACCAUGUCCACCCAGGAUGAGCAGAAUAAGCCUGACAGGCACCUGGAAAAGCAGUCUGGUGGCCACCAGAAGAAGGAGCAGAUGGAAGGGGAUGGGUGGAGUGUGGAGCAGCGCAGGCUGCAGGAGCAGCUGAGAGCUGAGCAGGAGGAGAAGGAGAGGCUGGAGAAUGAGAGGGAGAGGAUGCGAUGGGAGAAAGAGAGGAUUAUGGAGGAGCAGCAACGUGACAGGGAGAUGUCAGAGAAACUGCAGGAAAAGAUUUGGUCCCUAGAACAGGAGGUCCUAUGCUACCAAAAGGAAGUGGCAUCACUGCAAGGAAGACUGGACUCUGUGACAAAGGAGUUUGACAUGAGUGUGGAGGACCUCAGCGAUACACUUCUGCAGAUCAAGGCUUUCAGGCUGAAGCGUGAGGAGCAAGAAAAACUCCAUUUCCCAGGAGCUGAUGGAACAUCGGAGGAACAGUUCCGGGAACUGGCCAGUCUACGGGCCUCACAUGCGGAGACGGUUUUAGAGCUGCAGAAGACCAGAGAAAUGUUGCUGUUGCAAAGUCGCAUCAACAGUGAUUUUCAGUCAGAGUUAAGGAGUUUGACGGAAAAAGCAGAGAAGGAGCGAGAGGAGAACAAAAAGAGGAUGAUGGAGAAGGACAAACUACUGGAGAGAAGAGCCCAGAGGAUCACUACUUUACAGGCUCAACUGAAAGACUUGGCCUACAGCCCAAAGAGCUACAAACGGACAAUUCCAAUUCAGUACACUUGGUCAGGUGACAUUCAGGAAGCGGCUGAAUCGACAGAAUAUGAUACCAUGUUUGGACAACUUCAAGCAGGGGAGUCUUUGCUGGAGAUUCACCUGAGGGGUGCCAGCUUCACCCCUGUGGGGCUUCGAACCAUGAAGUAUGGGUUACAAGAUAGCAAGCAUGAAGGUGUUGGCCAGGAGGUUGUGACAUUUUGCACCUAUUCCCUUUUGGACUUUGAGAUGCAUGCCACUCCUCUCAUAUCAGGACCCCAGGCCAAUUAUGGUUUCACAUCCCGCUACCCGCUAUCCCCACGGGAUAUUGAUAGGCUUAUAGGUAGAGGGGGUGGAGUCAGGGUGGAACUCCACCAGUCACUCGGUGGGGUUAAGUUCACUACCUGUGGCAUCACUUGGAUCCCUCUGUCUGGAGCUGUGGCGAAGAGGGGUGAGCGAGUGACUGGCAGGGCCAACAUCACAGGUCGGGACGAGGAAGUCGUGGGAGUACUGGAGUUCUGGGUGCGUCUGUAUCAGCCGGUAGAACCAGCUGAAAGACAAGGGGACAGAUGGACAAACACACUCCCAGGCAUGAGGGCAACGCUGACCUGGCAGGACAGUGCAAAAGAGCAGAUGUUUGACUUCGGUGGAGGAAUUCCGAAUGAGCUGGAAGUGCUGAUGGAGCGAUGUGUGGGCCUCAGGGCACGCUGGCCAGGACUACUUCCGGAUGCCUACUUGCUGUACCGUCUCUAUGACCUGCCUCCACACGCUACUGCUACUAUUCACUGUUCCUCGGAUCCUGUGUUCAACGACUCCGCCUCAUACCCGCUGGCUGUGACCCGAGACGUGUUGGCCUACCUUCAGGAAGGCAGCUUGUGGGUCUAUGUAUUUGAUGACAGCGAUGACAGGACACCACCAUCCUACUUGGCCAAGAGUCCAAUCCCCCUAAGGGCACUGGCUAUGGGCAGACACAUCAGAGGAGACUUUGUGCUCAGGGAUACAGGUGGCAGCCCAAGAGGUAUGGUGAGAGUGUCCCUCCGUUGGAGAUACCCCUUCCAGGCGCCGGAAGCACUGCAGAGGUUGACGGAUGUUGGCAGAGAUGAAAGACAAAUGGAAAGGAGAACAGAGAAAAGCAAAACUCUGCAGAGACCCAUCGCCAAACCCAGGGAGGGCGUGUCCCUAGAGGAGGAACAGCAGGCAAAGGAAGAAGCACAGGAACCAUGGAGAAAUCGCCUGGAUAGUGAUGUAAUGGAAUCCAGCGAAUCAAGAGCAUCCUCUGGCAGUGAUGUUGUCAUCAUACCACAACCUCGUCAGUCUAUUUCAAAGGGAAACAGACUGCGAGUGGAGAUUCUCUCUCUCUCUUUCCAUCCAACGUCUCGUGUUGCCCUUGAUCAAUCAGUACAGCGUGUCUAUGUUGAGUAUCGCCUUUUGGACGUCCCUAUGGAGACCACGGAGACCCCCAUGUCUUUGCGGAAACCAACUGCAGGGGAGGAAAUACACUACAACUUCACAAGAGUGAUCUAUGUGGAUGGUGCCGAAGCAGCUCCACUCAGACAGUACCUCUACACCAUGCUGGAAGGCACUGACCCCAACCAAGGGAGGCUGAAGUUCACAGUGGUGAGUGAACCCAUGGAUGAGCAGGAGGAGGAGUGUGUAGAUGUUGGCUAUGCCUACCUGGACUUGAGGGAACUGCUCCUGACAGGAACUGAUGUCAUUGAGCGUGAUAUUGACAUUGUCAGUGUGGGUGAUGGGGUGGAUGUGGAGGUGGUCGGCAAGCUGAAGGUGACUCUGGAGGCGGCUCACACCCUGACGGGGAUAUACUGGGAGUUCCAGAGCCAGCGAGACAGGGAGGCAGAGGAGGACAGAGAAGAGGGAGAGGAAGAGGGUGAAAUGCAAGAAGAAGAUGUGGAGCCUGUCCGAGCAGAUAAUAAUAAUAGCGAUGAUGAUUAUCGUGACUUCUAA